AUGUUUAAAUGGACAUGCCUUUUGGCAGUUUUAGCUGCUGUUGCGGCUAAGCCUCAAUAUACUCUUUCUGGUACCCCCCUCGGUUCGCUCGGCGGAUUCGGUUCCGUUUCGACUUUACCUCCUCUGGGUGUUUCUCGACUUGGUGGCUCUUCGCUUUCUUCAUUUCCACUUGGUGGUCAACUUAGUGGACUUCAACCUCUCUCCGGUGGAGUAAAAGUUGUUGGAAUUGAAAGAAUUUCCGACUCCGGUCUCGGAUUUUCAGGAUCUUCCCUUUCUGGAGUUCCUGGAUCCAGUGUUUCCGGAUUCGGAGGCUCUGUUCUUUCCGGUGGUAGCUCUGUUCUCUCCGGCGGAGGCUCUGUUCUCUCCGGUGGAAGCGGACCUUUAGGUGUUAAGCUUUUGAGCGUUCAAAGAAUCCCCGACAGCGCUUUGGGACUCUCUGGUGGCAGCCUUUCCGGAUCCGGACUUUCUGGUGCCAGCUUGAGCGGUGCCGGACUUUCGGGUGCUAGCUUGAGCGGUGCCGGACUUUCCGGAGCCAGUUUGAGCGGCAGCGGACUUUCCGGAGCCAGUUUGAGCGGUGGAUUAUCUGGAGCUGAUCUUGCCAGCGCCGGACUCUCUGGUGCUAACUUGCAACAAUUGGCCGGCUUGGGAGGCACUGUAACCAAAAUCGAACGAAUCUCUAGCUCUGGAGUUUCUAGCGGUGAUGUUUCCAACCAAUUGCCACUUUCGACUCUUCAACAAAUUUUGAAAAAAACUGAAACUACACAAGUAAGCGGCCAACAAUUGAGCGGACCCACUGUACAAGUCGGUGCUCCUCGUGUUACGCAAGUAACAAGAUUGGAUGGUCAAUCUUCAACCACGACUAGCCCGCUUGCUCCAGUCUCGGUCACCACUCAAAGAGUUUCAGAAGGAACUUUUGGCAGCACUUCGACUACUUCUCAACCAACCACUUUCUCGACACAAUCUGGUAGCUUUGGAGGACAAGCUUCUGGUUUCGGAUUGAAAACCACUCAAAGCGGUUCUGGAGCUUCUUUAAGUGGCCAAAAAGCAGUUGGCGCUCAAGGAGGAUUCGGAUCUGGAGGUAACAGUUUCUCAGUCACCACCACCAGAACUUCCACAUCUUUCGGAAACCAAGGAUUGACUGGUUCCCAAGGAUUGACUGGUUCCCAAGGAUUCCAAGCCGGAGCUCAAGGAGCCCAAGGAUUUGGAGCAAAUGCCAACCGCCUUGCAGUUACCACUAGCAAAACAUCUACCUUCAAAAGUCAAGAACUCGCUGGAUCUGGACUCGGAACUGGAUUUGGAGCCGGAACUGGACUUGGAGCCGGAUCUGGACUUGGAGCCGGAUCUGGACUUGGAGCUGGAUCUGGAUUCGGAGCCGGAGCUCAAGGAGCCCAAGGAUUUGGAGCAAAUGCCAACCGCCUUGCAGUUACCACUAGCAAAACAUCUACCUUCAAAAGUCAAGAACUCACUGGAUCUGGACUCGGAACUGGAUUUGGAGCCGGAGCCGGAACUGGACUUGGAGCCGGAUCUGGACUUGGAGCUGGAUCUGGAUUCGGAGCCGGAGCUCAAGGAAGUAGAACCGGUACCACUUCUGGUUUUGGAACCACCACUGUAUUCGGAAAAGCCGUUAAAAAAUUCCCAUUGGGUACCAGCGGUGGAUCCAUCACCACAACUGAAUCUGCUUACGUCACAAAACAAGGAUUCGGACAAAACACAGCUGGAGCAUUGGGACAAGGAGGAUUGGGAGGAUUAGGAGGACUCGGAGGACUCGGAGGUUCAGCCGGCUCACUUCAAAGCUCUAAAACUCAACAAAGCGAAUUCGUCAGAGGACAAUCGACCACCAGCAACUUCGGAGCUCAAGGAGCAUCCCUUGGAGCCCAAGGCGCCUUGGGAGGAGUCGGAGGAGUGAAAAAAACUUUCACUCGCGUUCAAGAAUCUUACAGCACCAGCGGACAAUCCCAAGGUCUCGGAGCUCAAGUUCCCGCUCUUCAAUCUGGAACCGGUUCUCUCCAAAACACAAGAACUCAACAAAGCGAAUUUGUCAGAGGACAAUCCACCACCAGUAACUUCGGAGCUCAAGGAGCUACUCUCGGAGUUCCAGGUGCUUUGGGAGGAGUCGGAGGAUUGGAAAAAACUUUCACUCGCGUCCAAGAAUCUUACAGCACCAGCGGACAAUCCCAAGGUCUCGGAGCUCAAGUUCCCGCUCUUCAAUCUGGAACCGGUUCUCUCCAAAACACAAGAACUCAACAAAGCGAAUUCGUCAGAGGACAAUCCACCACUAGCAACUUCGGAGCUCAAGGAGCAACUCUCGGAGGUGCUCUUCCAGGUGCCUUAGGAGGAGCCGGAGGUGUACAAAAAACUGUCUCCAGAGUUCAAGAAUCAUUCAGCACGACAGGUCAACCUCUCGGUGUCACCUUCCCAUUCCAACAAGGUGUUACAACUCCAUCAUCUGUUUCUUCAUCCAACAGCGCUUUCUCGAAAAGCCAAGAAAGUAGUUCCUUAUUAAAUGUUCAAGGAUCAGGACUUUUGGGAGCUGACGGAGUUAGAGUUACCGGAGGUGUAACCAACCCAGUAGUCUCCCAAAAGCAAGUAACGACAACUUACACUUCUGAAGCCACUCCUUUCGGCGGAUUGACCGGAUUAGGAGGAGCUACAAACAGUGGAAGAGUAACAAACUUCAAAAAAACCACCACUCAAUUCGGUAGUACUUUGGGCUCUGGUUUGCAAGGAGGAAGCGGAUUAUACCAAUCUGGAUCCGAAGGCAAUUACUCCAUUCUUAAACAACUUCAAGACUUGCAAGCGAACGGUUAUCAAUACACAUUUGAAACCGAAAACGGUAUCCAAGCUCAAGAAAGCGGAGAAAUAAAACCUGAAGUUAUGGAAUUGGGAACCGUAACUGGAUCCUACUCUUACACUGCUCCAGACGGACAAAAAAUCACCGUAAAUUACGUUGCCGAUGAAAACGGUUUCCGUGCUGUUGGGGAUCACAUUCCAAAAACUCCAGAACACUGUUUAAGUAGUAGAAUAACAAAAAGAAAAAAAAAAGGAUAA